UCCAGUCUAAUGUCGGACAUUUCCCAUUUUGAAUCAGUUUCUUUUUAAUUUCCGGAAAUUAUUCACUUGACACUCGAUACAAGUUUUGGUUUUGGUUGGAAUUCUGUUCUGUGCUGUUCUGUAAAGAAGAUGAUGGCCAGUGCUCAAGUGGCUCAAGCCGGCGUGGAGGAGACUUCGCCGACGCAGCAGCAGGAAAAGCCAACGGAACAGAAUGACGACUCUGCGGGGGAGGAGGUAAAAGACACCGAUGGGUCAUCACCACGACACGUGCGACACCCAUUGGAGAACGUGUGGACGCUGUGGUACUUGGAGAACGAUCGCACCAAACACUGGAAGGACAUGCUCAACGAAGUCGCGAAGAUCGACAGUGUGGAGACCUUUUGGAGCCUGUACUACACCAUCAGGCCACCAUCGGAGCUGAAAGUGGGAUGCGACUACUCCAUGUUCAAGCUGGGCAUCAAACCCAUGUGGGAGGACGAGGCCAACAGCAAGGGAGGCCGUUGGCUGAUCAGCGUCAGCAAGAGCUCCAAGGCGGAACUGGAUCGCCUCUGGCUGGAUAUACUCCUCAUGAUGACGGCGCGCAUCUUCGAUAACUCUGAGGAGAUCUGCGGUGCAGUCAUCAAUAUUCGGGCCAAGAACAAUAAGAUCUCCGUUUGGACUGCCAAUGGGAGCAAUGAAUUGGCCAUUCUCGAGAUUGGCCAGAAGCUAAAGCAGUUCCUCCAUCUGCAGUCGAACAAUCUGCAAUACCAGCUCCACUCGGAUGCCAUAUGCAAGGUCAAUUCGAGCGUCAAGUCGAUCUACACCGUUUGAAAAGAGGGAAGGGUAUUGGAUUGCCACGCCCCCCUCUCAGAUCUGUUUCGAUAUAUAUGCCAAAUUUGUUUGCGAUAUAAAAUUACAAUUAAAAUUUAAAGAAGAAA